CAGAGCCGAGCGGGACCGUCCAGGUGGAGGAGCGCCAGGUGGAGGUGGAUGCGGCGCGCGUGCCAGACGGAGCCGGCAGCGCCCGCGCUUAGACGGCGGUGGCUGCUGCAGCUGCGGUCGCCGCGGAGGACCGGACUGCGCCCCUCCGCAGCCCCCAUGGCGGCCAGGCGACUUUAGAGGAGUUCGGGGGCUUCGUCAGGAUCUGGGCGAUUCCGGAUCCGGCGAUCCCUGCUCUCGCCUCGCCCUGUCAUUGAUGGGAAAUCAACUGGAUCGCAUCACCCACCUGAAUUACAGCGAGCUGCCGACCGGGGACCCCUCGGGGAUCGAGAAGGACGAGCUGCGCGUCGGGGUUGCGUACUUCUUCUCGGAUGAGGAGGAGGAUCUGGACGAGCGAGGGCCGGCGGACAAGUACGGCGUGAAGGGCUCCGGCAGCCCGGCCCCCGAGACUCCCACCCAUCACCACCACCACCACCACCACCCGCCGCAGCUGGUGCUCAGCGAGCCCCAGUUCUCCGCCUUCCGCGGCCAGGAAUGCAUCUUCUCCAAAGUCAGCGGCGACCCCCAGGCGGGGGACCUGAGCGUCUACCCGGUCUCGGCCCUGCCGGCCUUGUGCAAGCCGGGAGACCUGCUGGAGCUUUUCUACCUGGGGCCCUCGGACCAUCCGCCGCCGCCCCCUCACUGGGCAGUCUAUGUGGGCAGCGGCCAGAUCAUCCACCUGCACCAGGGCCAGAUUCGCCAGGACAGCUUGUACGAGGCGGCGGCGGGGGGCAACGUGGGCCGGGUGGUGAGUAGCUGGUACCGCUACCGCCCCCUGGUGGCGGAGCUGGUGGUGCAGAACGCCUGCGGCCACCUGGGCUUAAAGAGCCCCGAGAUCUGCUGGACGAACUCGGAGAGCUUCGCCGCUUGGUGCCGCUUCGGCAAGAGGGAGUUCAAAGCCGGCGGCGAGCUCCAGCCGGCCUCGGGCUCUCAGCCCCAGCAGCAAUACUAUCUCAAGAUCCACCUGGCAGACGACAAGGUGCACACGGUGCGCUUCCAGAGCCUGGAGGACCUAAUCAGGGAGAAGCGCAGGAUCGACGCCAGCAGCAAACUGAGGGUGAUCCAAGAGCUGGCCCUCGUGGAUGACAAGGAGUCAGCACUACAAUAAAAUACUAGUACUACUACUAAUUUUUUUUUUAAAAAGCUGAGCCCGACGAGAAAGGGGAGGAGGAGGAGGGCGAGAGACCAGCUCUGGCCCGGCCGGCCGGCGUGCACAAGCAGCAGCCCUCCUCCCGGACUCGCCGCCCCACGUGGCGGGCUGCUCCCUCUCCCCCCCCUCCCCGCCGCUCAUUUCCCCCUUGGGGAAACCAUGGCAACAUUCCAAACGAAACCAGCAUUGUUCCUCCCCUUCCCAUUGGCCAGUGUUUGGUUCGCCUCCAGCUAAUCAUCGUCCUAAGAGCCGAGGCGGGGGUGGGGGGCGCGGUCGUGGAGCGGAGGGGAGGAGCCAGGCCUCUGGACCCGAGCCUCUCCCGGCAGCCGCUGUUGUUGGCCCGACUUCCCGGCGUGCUUAAUAAAAUAUCAAAGCGAUUUUC